AUGUCAAAUUUAAAUACAUUUACAUCGAAUAUUUAUUCAUUUAUUUACUUUAAUUAUCAAAUAAAGACAUUCAAAAAUGUUAAAUAUAAUAAAAUUAUUUCUUGUAUUGAUUAUUUUCCAAAAGUAGAAGUAAUUCAAUUUCAUAUAUAUUCAUAUCUAUAUGAAUUAAAACAUUAUGAUACUACAACAAAUAAUUUUCCAGAUGGAUUAUCUAAAUGUUAUCGUAAAAUAUUAUUAUGUGAUGAACGGUCAUUUGAACAUGAAUUUUUUCUUCGUAUUUUUCAAUCAUUUCCAAUAUUAAAAAAAUGA